AUUGACAGAAUUGUGAGUGUCUUGCAUCUAAGACGGACGUGCAGGUGAAAAAAAUCGGAGAAAGGUGGUUUUCACGUCUACUAACGUUGCUGAGGAGUUAACUAGUUACGUGUGUCCUUAUAAAUGGCUAGUAUAGGACUGCUUGUAAAUGCCCCGAACACAGAAGAAAGGGCCGUUUUUACACAACUGAAACCAGUGAGGAUGUCCGGAGACGCAGUGGAGGAUUCGUCCGUGUUUGAGGAAGUCAAAACUGAGGUGAGAAUUACUGCAAGCCCCGUGGAGAUGGCCCAGACCCGCAUCGAGAUGGACAAGUACCUCCCCCAUUAGCCUUGCCCCGCCCCCAGCAACAUAAUCGACAAGAAGUACCGGCGGGAGAGCGCCUCCGUGGUGGACGAAUUCUUCUCCGAGGAAAAGCCGGCGCCCUACAGCCUCAACAUCAACUUCAUCCUGCCCAACGCGCAGCUGCGCACGGGCCUCUACCGCCAUCCAGGCAAGCACGUCAUCCAGCAGCAGCACAUCAAGGCCGAGCCGGGCGCUGAGGUGCCCUGCUCCGUGCAGCCUCUUCCAGACUUCACCUCCGUGUUCAGCACGCCUCAGCAGCACGCAGCCGUCAGCCAUCUCUUCCUCAAGCCCGAAAACAUGGCCGCUGUCCCCAGGGCAACCACAACAACCGUUCCGGAUGAUUUGCCUAUCGGGCCACAGCCCCAGGUGUACCAGAUGCCCAUCAGCGGCCUCACUGACCUCACCAUGACACUGUCACACGGGCAUGCCGGAGGUGGAAGCGGCAGCAACGGGCGCACCAUGCUCAACCUGAACAGCGUGGCACUGAUGCCCGGGCCAGGAGGAGGUGGUGGCGGCAUCGUGGGUGAUUUUAUGGUGCCCGAACACUUCUACCUGACACAGAGCCAGCAGCCUCACAGCCUGCCGCCCUCGCCACCCAACUCACAGCCGGGCAGCCCGGAGAACCAGGCCGAGCUGAUCGCCACCGCGCCGCCCCCGCCCUACCAGGCCAGGCCAGGGUUAAAGGUCACUCAGAUGACCCCCCACUCGGUGCUCAUGACUCACGGGCAAGGGGUGCUCACGGGACCCCGCUACAACCGACGGACCAACCCAGAACUGGAGAAGAGGCGGAUCCAUCACUGUGACUUCAACGGAUGCACCAAAGUUUACACAAAGAGCUCUCACUUAAAAGCACAUCAAAGAACACAUACAGGAGAGAAGCCUUAUCGAUGCAGCUGGGAGGGCUGUGACUGGCAGUUCGCCCGUUCGGACGAGCUGACGCGGCACUACCGCAAGCACACGGGAGCCAAGCCAUUCAAGUGCAUAGCGUGCAGUCGCUGCUUCUCACGGUCCGACCACCUGGCCCUCCAUAUGAAGCGCCACCAGAACUGAAUCACCUUUGGAGUGUUUGCGUGUUUGUUUGUUUGUUUGUUUGUUUGUUUUUGUCCUUUUUUUUCCCUUUUUGGAUUUACAUAUUUACAUUUUUUUUUUUAAACAUUGUGCGCAAAACAAUGAACUGGCGCGAUAAAGAUCAAAUUUGUCACCUUCAAACUAAAUGCUGCCAGUUCACACCAGUAGUUAUAGAACAACACAAAACAGGAGCUUGACAGUUUUAAAAGCAUAUAAAUAGCAUUUGUGUGUAACUGUAUUUUUCUUGUAUAUAUGUUUGUAUAAAUCAUUUUUGUUUUCUUUUUUAUGUUUUCAGAAUUUGAGAAGAAUGUACUGAUACAUACUUGAGCUUACUUUUACGACUUAUACACACACAAUUAUCCACAGUAUGAUACAAUUCCAUACUUUUUUAGGAUUGUUUUCUAGUAACUCCGCACCAAAUAUAGAGACUACUGGACAAAGGUGGUUCGAGAUGAGCGCAGGCAUGUAAUGUAGCCCACCCCGUAGUUGUAGCGGGGGAACCCUUCGU